AAAAGUGAAGAAAUCAAGGAAACAAGCUAGGUGGUGAGACGUCCGGAAAAGGCAAAGGAAUUACGCCUGAGGACUAUUAGUCAGAGUUCACCCGGAAUCCGGAUUUUCGACACCUAUCACGAGGUAGCCGAUAAUUAGGACGAGGUGUCCUUGUAGAUCUGUGUACAUCUUCUGGUAAGAAUGCCGCCUAAGACACGAGCCGCCUCAAGACGGGCAGGGGAGCAAGAUGUUCCCAUUGAGAUGGCAGAUAGACCACGGGCAUCCACCCAGAGAGGCCGAGGUAGACGUGGCAGGGUCACUAGGCCGGUGGGGUUGGAUACGCCUGUGAGUAGGCAAGAAGAGGGACAGUCCUCAGGUGAUGUAGAUAGACACCCAGCUAGGGGUAUUACUAUUGAGGAUUUGGCGGCAGGCCUACAGGGAGUUAACCGGGUUGUAGAGAUGAUGGCGACCCGCAUGGAAGAUAUACAAAGGGUAGUAGAGGGGAGACCUACAGUACAAGAAUCCCCUAGCUCCCAAGGACAGGCCGAUCACCAACAUCAUGAGGAGGAGAGGGGACAUCUAGAUAUUUCUCUUCCUGACUUUCUCAAGCUUAAGCCUCCAACAUUUUCAGGGUCUGAUGCAUCGGAGAAACCCCAGGUUUUCUUGGAUAAGAUGGAGAAAAUUUGUAAAGCCUUGGGAUGUUCUAGUGUUCGGUCAGUUGAGCUAGUCGCCUUCCAAUUAGAGGAUGUGGCGCAAGAAUGGUAUAGCUCUUUAUGUAGAGGCAGACCGACUAAUGCAACACCGUUGGCCUGGAGUGAGUUCAAUGUAGCCUUCUUAGAUCGAUUCUUACCACUCAGUGUGCGUAAUGCCAGAGCUAGAGAGUUUGAGACUUUGGUACAGACUUCAAGCAUGACGGUGUCUGAGUAUGACAUCAAGUUCACGCAGCUAGCUCGUUAUGCGCCCUAUCUCGUUUCUACUGAGGAGAUGAAGAUUCAGAGGUUUGUGGAUGGGUUAGUGGAGCCAUUAUUUAGGGCUGUGGCAUCCCGAGAUUUCACUACCUAUUCUGCAGCAGUGGAUCGUGCUCAACGCAUCGAGAUGAGGACCAGUGAGAGUAGGGCUGCGAGGGAUAGAGCAAAAAGGGGCAAGACAGAGGGUUAUCAGGGCCGUAGAGAUUUCAGCAGUGGUGGUUCAUCUUCUAGCCGUCAGGGUCCACAGAGGGACUCACGGUUACCUCAGCAGGGGAGUGACGCACCUGGUGCUAAUAUUAGGGUGGGACAGAGAACCUUCAGUUCUAGGAGGCAGCAAGAUUCUAGACAGAGUAGUCAAGUCAUUCGCUCUUGUGAUACUUGUGGGAGACGACAUAGUGGACGGUGCUUCCUUACUACAAAAACUUGUUACGGGUGCGGUCAACCUGGGCAUAUUAGGAGGGAUUGUCCGAUGGCACAUCAAUCACCAGAUUCUGCUCGUGGUUCCACCCAGCCAGCUUCAUCUGCUCCGUCAGUUGCUGUCUCAUCUGGCCGGGAGGUUAGUGGAUCGAGAGGUAGAGGUGCGGGUACUUCCUCUCAAGGCAGACCAUCUGGGUCCGGACAUCAAAGUUCUAUUGGUAGAGGCCAAGCGAGGGUGUUUGCUUUAACACAGCAGGAGGCUCAAACAUCCAAUGCCGUGGUCUCAGGUGGUGAGACGUCCGGAAAAGGCAAAGGAAUUACGCCUGAGGACUAUUAGUCAGAGUUCACCCGGAAUCCGGAUUUUCGACACCUAUCAGGUGACUGUUGGACCCUAGAUCGAGGAGUCCCCG